CAAUGUUCAGCGGACGGACGUCGUUUCGACUUUUGUAUUCCGUCAUGCAAUAAUUUUUCAUUCAUGAAUACCUUGUUAAAAAGUGUUUUAGAUGGUGUCUCCGUCGUGAACACUAGUUAGAUUUUACAUAAAAAUGAUAUUUUAGUGUUUGAUUUCGUCUAGUUCAAGUUAUAGUUCUUGAUAGGUCUGUGACAAGUACGGUAAUGGUGGCCAUGUCAUGAAAAUCCCCACAGCCAUGGAUGAUAGCUCCGUAUCUCAUCAUAACGGAGGGCAAGUGGGAUCUCAGAUAGGAGUUAGUGUAAAUAACAAACAGAAUGAAGAAUCUAGUCAAAGUGUCCAGUAUUCAAUACCGGGCGUUUUGCAUUUUAUCCAACAUGAAUGGGCAAGAUUCGAACUCGAGAGAUCACAAUGGGAGGUGGACAGAGCGGAAUUUGAGGCACGUAUUGCCUUCCUCCAAGGAGAGAGGAAAGGUCAAGAGAAUCUAAAAAAUGAUCUUGUGAGGCGGAUCAAAAUGCUUGAAUAUGCAUUAAAGCAAGAAAGGGCAAAAUUUCAUAAGCUUAAGUAUGGAGUUGAACUCCAACAGGGUGAUAUGCGUCCACCGCCAGAGGAGCCUCCACAAGAACCGGAACCAGCUGAAAGAGCUCAGUGGAAGCAGGGUCGUCAACUUAUUAAACAGUACCUGCAGGAAAUAGGUUACACAGAUACAAUUCUCGAUGUACGCUCAAACAAAGUAAGGACUUUGUUAGGCUUAAACAACGAAGAUCAGGGAGAAGAAACUAGCUACAGAAACUGUGAAAAACAACAACACUAUUCAAUGAAUACUGCCUUAAGCCGCAAGAUGUAUGAUUAUGGCGCAAAAGAUCAACGCAAAACUGGAGUAUCACAAGGGAGUGGUUACAGUGAUGAGGGACUUUCAGUACAAGAAACUGCAGCUGUAUUUGCAAAUUUUGAGUUCCUCGCCAACCAAGAAAUGGAUAUGGACGAGAUUGAUGAUGUUGAAGCCAAACAGAUGCACCAUGCUGCUGGGAAACAAGGAGAGGAGGUUGACCAUGAGGCUGACGAAGUAUUAAACGAGCUGAACCUCCUAACAGCUAGUGAGGCUGAUGGAGGGGGUCAGGGAGAUGAAUAUGCUGUUGGAGUUAAGUAUCCCACUGGUACUGCAGCGGCAACUGGAGAGGCUGAUGAAAAACCUCUAGCACUUGGCGAGUUGGCACAGCUUACUGUGAGCAAUGAAUCAGAGGGUUAUGACGUGGCCAGUGCUAGCAAAGAGUCCUUCCGGAAGACAUGGAAUGCCAAGUAUACUCUACGCUCACAUUUUGAUGGCGUGCGAGCGCUAGCCUUUCACCCGACCGAGGCCGCUCUAGUGACGGCGUCCGAGGACCACACGCUCAAGCUGUGGAACCUGCAGCGCACCGUGCCCGCAAAGAAGUCUGCGGGUCUGGACGUGGAGCCGCUCUACACGUUCCGCGCGCACUCAGCACCCGUGCUAUGUCUCGCCAUGGGCGCACCGCGUUCCGAGGAGUGCUUCUCCGGCGGACUCGAUGGCACGAUCCGAGUGUGGAACUUGCCGCCGGCUACUGCCGACCCCUACGAUCCCUACGAUCCAUCGGUGCAGGGGCCAGUGCUACGUGAGCAUACCGAUGCGGUGUGGUCGCUGGCGAGCGCGCAGGGCCGCCUGCUGUCGGCGUCGGCGGACGGCACGGCGCGGCUGUGGGCGCCCCGCACGCCGCGCCCGCUGCUCUGCACGCUGCGCGAUGAGCUGUCUGCCGCCGCCACCCCCGCCGCUGCUGACUUUGCCGACGCCGCCACAAGAGCCGCCGUCGUCUACCGCGACGGAAAUUUGUUACUCUACGAUCUGGAAACUGGGCAGAGUGUCCUGCGUGUUUCGUGCGACAGUCCGGCGAACCGCGUGCGGUCGCACCCGACGCUGCCGCUGCUGGUGACGGCACACGAGGACCGACACAUCCGCUUCUGGGACGCAGUGUCGGGCCGCUGCGCGCACGCGAUGGUGGCGCACCUGGACGCCGUGACCGGCCUGGCACUCGACCCCAACGGCCUGUUCCUGCUGUCCGGCUCGCACGACUGCUCCGUACGUCUCUGGAACCUCGACACCAAGACUUGCGUGCAGGAGAUAACCGCGCAUCGCAAGAAGUUCGAUGAGAGCAUCCUAGACGUGGCCUUCCACCCUCUGCGGCCAUACAUCGCGAGUGCCGGCGCCGACGGGCUCGCCAAGGUGUUCGUCUGAGCGACGAUUUGGAAGCUCUAUAUAUAAUAUAAUAUUAUAUGUAAUUUUACUUUCGUUACGAACUCUAACUUAAACGCAGUAGCGAGUCGCGUCAUACCUCGUAGACGAGCGGCCGAUACUUUCGGAUUGUGUCUAGUCCCUUCGGUUCGGUUACGAGUAGCGACGCAUCCGCGAUUCGACGACUGCCGUGUGUACGGACGGCCUCGCCGGUUCGUUUUAACGUAUUUAAAUAUUGUAACGUUACGGACGCGCUCGACGCUCGUUAUAAGCGCGUAGUGAACACUCAUCUAUGUAUAGACAUUUGAAAUCUAUUAUAAUAUAUUUUUAGAUUUUCAGUAUGUGGAUUUUAGGUUUUUAUCGCAAAUUUUUCACCAAUUUUAUGAUACGCAGUGAGAAUAUUGUUCGUUUCUAUGCAACUGUAAGCGAGACCUUUGUAAUAAAUAUCAUGAGGAUAUCGACGAUGUUUCCUUGAUGCGUUUACGCUACUUGUCUGUACAGUUAGAUUUUAUGCAGUAUUUGCUAAUAUUUUGCAGAGAACGAAUGAAGGUUGUUUAGCUGGUAUUUUUUAUUUAAUUUGAUUGGAUCUAUAUAGAUAGUACUCUUGUUUGUCACUUGUAUUGAAUAAACAUGCUCUCACGAUAUCUUAUACAAUGAUGAGCGAGCGAACAAAAUAUGAAUGAGUAGAAGUACUAUAUCGGAAGUAACAUAAGUAAUGUUUGUUCAUAACGAAUACUGCGAUGUAGAAUAUAUAUUAUAAAACAUUACAUUUUCCUUUAUUUUCCUCGAAUUCAUACUUGUACACAUACAUCCAAAAUUGAUAGUAAAAAGCAACAUAACCGAAA